GUUUUGCUGAAAUUUUCGAUGCCCAAGUGAUGUUGGGGGCGCUUCUGGUUGUUAUUAUACAUUGUAUUGAACGAUUCAGAGGUUUUGCUAAAAUUUUCGGUGCCCAAGUGAUGUUGGGGGCGCUUCUGGUUGUUAUUAUACAUUGUAUUGAACGAUUCAGAGGUUUUGCUGAAAUUUUCGGUGCCCCCUCAUCAACCUUGCUUUGUGAACUGUUUGCUAUUGAUAAUAUUGAUGUUCUAGAUGAAGCACGGGUGUAUGGUGCCCAAGAAUUAACUUCAGAUAUUGGUAAUCAAAAUGAUGCCGUCUUGGAUGCACUUAAACUUAUAGUUUAUUUGCGCGAAGAUGAAGAUGAUGAAAUCAAGAAUAUGACAGAG